UCAGUUUCAUUUUGUAUUUCGUGGUGAAAACAUAUGCUAAGAUUGAUUGAUUUAUUGGUUUAAAAAAAAAAUAUAAUAAAUUAAAAAAUAUAUAUAGGUAUUAAAAGAAAGUGUUUAAAGGAAUUAGAAAUAAAAAUUUGAAGGAAAUAUGGUGGAAAAACAAUUGGAUAGAAAAAUUGCUUCCCCGGAAAAAUGUGCUCAAAGUGUUUUCAGCAUAAGCUUUGGCAUAGGUACUUUCAAAACCAGCUUUGAUAAAAUACACCUAGUUGCUGGUAUUUGGAUGCUACAACAUAUUUUCGUCUUCAGCAUUUAUUAUUCCCUCAAGGGCUGGCAGCAAGUACGAAUGAAAUUGGCCCGACACAAAAACCUCCAACAUUUAUGGUCCCUUUCUUGCCUAUUUAUCUAUAUAACCAGCCAAUUAGUAUUCGCCUAUGUGCCAACAAAGUUAUGUCUACAUUUAGAUCUACCUUUUGCUACAUCUUCAGUUUUGCUGCCGGAAACUGUUAGAUUAUUAAUGAAAAUGCAUUCUUUUGUCAGAAGUGUAGCGCCAAGAGUUCUAGCCGGAAAAUUAAAGGCUGAAGACCAGUCGGCAACAGCAAUUAAUUUUCCUGCAUUCAACAAAUAUCUGUAUUAUUUAUUUGCUCCCACUCUAUUAUACCGAGAUGAAUAUCCUCGCACCUCUACGAUCAGAUGGAAAUUUGCUUUGGCCCGUUUCUUUGAGGUGGUAGCCGUGGCUUUUCUCUAUAGUUAUAUCCAUGAACGUCAUAUCACUCAACAUUUUGGUAAUUUUGGUGUGGAAAAACUUAAUGCUGCCUCCAUUACUAUCAAAUUAUUUGGCAUGUUAAUGCCGAGCAUUAUAAUCUUCUUGGCUGGUUUCUAUAUGAUUUUACACGCUUGGCUCAAUUUUACGGCUGAGUUAAUGCGUUUUGGCGAUCGUAUGUUUUACAAGGACUGGUGGACUGCUAGUAAUUAUGAAGGCUACUAUCGCAAUUGGAAUGUAGUGGUUCAUGACUGGUUAUAUGAAUAUAUCUACAAGGAUUUCUAUAAUCACAUAUUUAAGGGUUCCAAGGCCCUAUCAUCGCUAACGGUGUUUGCCAUAUCAGCUGUUUUUCAUGAAUAUAUAUUGGGCUAUGCUUUGCAAGUUUGCUUUCCCGUCAUCUUUGUCUUCUUUGGUAUAAUAGGUGUGGCAAUGAUAUUUUUAACUCGUUAUAUUCCGAAAAACUUGGGAAAUAUUUUCCUUUGGUUUAGUUUAAUCUAUGGCAAUUGUAUGAUGAUUUCUUUGUAUAGCAUGGAGUAUUAUACACGUUUUAAUUGUCCUAAAAAGUUUAAUAGUUGGAGUGAUUAUUUAGUGCCUCAUUUAUGGAGUUGCUAUUUUAAGUGAGAACUAAGUCAAGAGGAGAUUUUUUUAAAAUAUUAUUAUUACUUUAAUAAGUUACUUUGUGAUACUUUAUAUUAUUUAAGUAUAUACUAAAAUUGGAUUAGAUUUUAAGUAAUUUUUUAUGUAAUUUGAUUGAAGCGUAUUUAGAGUCAAAUCGAAUAAAGAUAUUUUGAUGAAAGAAACUUUGGAAA